CUCUCUCUCUCUCUCUGUUUGCUGUUCUUGAUGGGUCAUUUUUCUUGGGUACGUCGGAAUUUUGAUGGGUAAUUCAUUUAGAUGCUGAAACAUAUAUUUAAUGUCUGGGUCCUUGUAAAUAAGCACUCCUCCUGGAGUAUUGGGAUGUCCGAUCCACUCACCAGGAGUGAAUCAAUCUAACCCAGAUGCAGGAGCACGGAGUGCCGUACAUCUUAUUAGGGGCCUUUCCUUUUCAGCAUUUAUUUAUUUUGUGAGCAUCAGGUGAUAGCACUCUGGAUUUGAAGUAUCGAACGAGAACCAGAGGAUUUGUUCAGAAUAUUUGAGGAUCCAUGAGGAGUUAUUCGUUGAAAUUCAAUAGUAGCUUAUUGUGAGCAGGGCUAAUGCAAACAUCUUAAAAGUCUAUGUUGGGAAGGAAUGCAAAGAAGAAAUCGAAGGAAUGGGAUUAAACCCGUGGCACGCUUUUUGUUGAUUUUGGCGGCCGGAACCAAGAGUUACAUUUACCGUGGAUUUGUAAGAUUGUUGCUUUGGUAAAAUGUCUUAGGAAGUUCAGGUAUCUUAAUACACCCCAUAUUUUGUAGGUGAAUCUUGUAGGAUCUAUUUGAUCUUGGUAGCUAUGACUUUAGCUUUACCAAAAGGAGCUUCAAUAAUGGUUGCCUAUCCACGGACUAUUGUGUUCAUUGCAGCUUCAGUGUGUGGACUAGCAUCCUUUCUAAUCAUAGCUUCCUUCCUUCUGGUCUCACACCCUUUUGGGUCAACUGUCCGUGGGUACUUCUACCCCAUUGAUAACUCUAGGAAAUUCAAUUCACUGGAUUGGAGCAACAAAACGACUGAUGAUUCUUUCAACGAUGUCAACAAAGAAUUGGGGAAAUGGGAUAUAGUGGGGUCGGGGUUUAUUGAAAAUGCUGGUAAUCCCCGAAAGGAAGGUAACAGAAUUGAUGAUACUUCUGGAAAAUCAGAGUCGACCACGUUAGGGGACAGGCAAUCUGAAACUGUUGAUGGAAGCAGAGAUGAGAUGGAUAGGAACCAUACUUCUGAGUCUCAGGAUACAAAAGACAUAUCUAAUUUACAGUCAGAGGGAGGAACCAUGAGUUCUCCUGAUCCGUUGAUUGUCUCUGAAAAAAAGGAGUCAGUGGAUCAACAUGGCCAAGAGGCCACUGGAAAUUCUACCUCUUCCACUGUGAUAACAGGAGUUGAAAAUGCUACAACUCCUUCCCCGGGUUUUCUAAAUAGUUCCGAUACUAUACAAACCGGAUUGACACUGUCAUCUUUAUCUACUGCACCAAGUGAUACAAGUCAGACCGAUUCAGGAUGUGAUCUGUUCCAUGGAAAAUGGGUCUAUGAUUCAACCGGACCACUAUACACAAAUAACUCAUGCCCCAUCCUGACACAAAUGCAGAACUGCCAGGGUAAUGGGAGGCCGGAUAAAGAAUAUGAAAAUUGGCGAUGGAAGCCUUCCAAGUGUGACCUCCCAAGAUUUGAUGCUAAGAAAUUUCUGGAAUUGAUGAGAGGGAAGACAUUAGCUUUUAUUGGUGAUUCAGUUGCUCGGAACCAGAUGGAGUCACUAUUGUGCAUCCUUUGGCAGGUUGAAACUCCAAAAAACCGCGGGAACAAAAGAAUGCAACGCUAUUACUUCCGAUCAACUUCCACAAUGAUUGUCCGAAUAUGGUCCUCAUGGCUCGUUCACCAAACAUCCGAUUUGUUUGAUUCCAUUCCAAAAACUGUGGUGAGGCUUCACCUCGAUGCUCCAGAUGAGGGUUUCAUGGAAUUCAUCCCACAGUUUGACGUUCUCGUCCUUUCAUCCGGCCAUUGGUUCGCAAAACAAUCUGUCUACAUCUUGAACAACGAAAUUGUUGGAGGACAGUUAUGGUGGCCGGACAAAUCUCGCCCAAUGAAAGUCAACAACGUUGAUGCCUUCGGAAUAUCUGUUGAAACAAUACUAAAUGCAAUUGCUACACAUCCAAAGUUCACUGGUUUGACAAUCGUACGGUCAUUUUCACCCGAUCAUUACGAGGGUGGGGCCUGGAAUACGGGUGGAUCGUGUACCGGAAAGGUAAAGCCUGCUUUGGACCAUGAGUUAGUGGAAAAUGGAUUUACAAAUAUAAUGCACGAGAAACAGGUGGCAGGUUUUGAUCGAGCAAUCAAGAAAGUGAGCAAUGGUGCGAAGUUGAAGUUCAUGGAUAUCACGGGAAUGUUUGGGUACCGCCAUGAUGGGCAUCCGGGCCCUUAUAGGAGCCCUGACCCGAAUAAGGUCACAAAACGGGGUCCGGGUGGGAAGCCGCCACCGCAGGAUUGCUUACAUUGGUGCAUGCCUGGUCCGGUUGAUACCUGGAAUGAGCUGGUGCUUGAAAUAAUCAGGAGAGAAUUUGAAGGUAGCUAGCUAGCCAUAGGUUUCUUGCUUGCUUUGUGUCAAUUCUUAAUCACUUUCUUUAAUUUUGUUCGCGAUCCAAUUCAUUCCUCCAAUGAUAGAGAAAUUAGAAUUUGUAACAGGCAGCUAGAUUGUUAAUAACAAGCUUAUAAGGAGUGUAUGUUACGAACACAUUGCAAAUGGUAGAUAUGUUGCAUCGAUUCUCAUUUUUCAGU